CGUCCCUUUAGGUUACAAUGAAGGCUCUGCUAUGGAUUUUGUUACUAAUGGCGCUUGCCCGGCCUCUACGAUCGCUAGACAUUGCGGAGCUCGGCAAGGCGCUGGAAUCGGCGGCAGGGCUUGCGGUGGCGUCGCAGCGUGUUCUUCUUCAAGAAAUUGGCCAGGCGCUCGCGGAUGGAGGGCGAUGCAAUGCCUUUGGCGGCAGGGAUUCGUGUGUGCAAGUGGACACCGCUGGCACUCCAUUUGCUCGCAUUUGUGACUUGGAAUCCAGCAGUGUGACGGAUUGUGCUUUCAGGUAUGAGGCCUUUGGGGCGGUUUCUAGAAAUCCUCUCGAAGGAAUCGACAAAGAAGGCUAUUCCAGCUGCUCGGAGUGUGCCACAGCUGUACAGGAAUUUUGGUGUGGUCUGGCGCUUCCAUCGUGCGGAACUUUUGAUCAUGUUGUGGAUGAACUUCUUCCUUUUGUAGCUUCUGUCGCAGCCAAAGAUUCGUCCGCUCUUGCAGCACUUCAAGCAUCGGUUCCUAGAGUUUUCAAGGCCGCUGGGCUUGGUUUUCCAUGCAGGAGGAUGUGCGAGGCAAUCACGAACACUUGCAGAUGUGGACGCUCUCAAACGCUUGGAGAGGUCGUGGCAGCGCUAGAAAAAUCCUCAAAACGGGUCGCCUUCAAUAUGACCAUCUCAGCGUCUAGUGCCAAGGAGAUAUUUCGUGGAAUAUGGCACAAGCCAGUGUGCGAGCUUUUCUCGGAAGAAGACACCCCCGGUUUCCAUGGACCGUGCCACCACUCGAUGGACAGCACCAAAUGCGAUUGGUGCCAUGGAAGAUCACAGCCUGCCUCGAUCUUCUACGAGCAAAUUGUCAUUCAGCUCUCGCAAAUGUUUUAUGGAAUGAUGGAGAACGGACUUCAUCCUGUACUCAACAUUGCCGCUGGUCCCAAAGGAAAAGGAGUUCUUCCGGAAAACUGGGCAGAGAGCUUGUCCCAAGGCGCUUCCAAAGCCAGCCAGGCUCGUCACGCAGGUGUGGUGCUGCUCCUGUUACUACUCCUCGUUUUAGCAGUAGGGGCAUUCCUGGCGGCCGUCAAGUCUCACAGGCACAGACAGGUACCGACGCAGUACAUUGAUCUCCACAGUUUGGGCUACACUCCACCGGUGCUCUAGGCUGUGUUGCUGACGAGCUUUGGAGUUUGUAUAGUACUCAGGUUGGAAUCCAAAGCAAGUGUUGGCUAGCCGGAUCGAAAACAGCGCUCACAGCUUAAGCUCAACACAAGGCAUGGUUUGAAGCAUUUGCACGAACUAUCGAUCGUCAUCUACACGAAACAGCACCAUUUCUCCGGCUUGGCUGCAAGAUGGCAAACCUCAACGGUUGCCUCCCACCAUCGUCAUCUUGCCGAAAGUGUCGAAAUCCAAAGAUAUGCCCGUGUUGGGCAUCAAAGUAUUCGCAACCGAAUCUUGAGUAUAUAUUUCAAGCAAUCAAACCUUUGGAAACCAUUUUUUUCCGUUCCA